AUGAACGUAUUGCAAGCGUUGUGUCAUUUUCUGCCAUUUAUUCCCGAAGAGAAAAGAGAAGAAUUUUUGUCGGAAUAUUUCCAACUCGUAAAUGAAGACUAUAUUUACAAACAAUUUGAAGCUAAAGAACUAACCGAUGAAAGUCCCGUUCGACUCAAUUAUGACUAUAUUAUUGUAACCGCUGUUAAACAACAUUCAAAUUAAUGUUUAUGAACUAUGAACAGAAUUACAAUAUUAA